AUGUCUUCUGCAGAGGAUUACGCUGCCGCUUCUGGUAAUCCAUCUGGUGAAAACCCAGGCGAUAUCGAGAUGGGUGAAAAUGCACCCGGUGCCGUCGUAAUUGAAAUCGACGCGUCAGCCGGCACAGAAAUUGACACCAAUCUGCCCGAAGAAGAUGAAGAAGCUUCUGGGCCCGAGCUCCAGGAAACAGCUAUGGAAGAUAUGCCAGCGCGAGUUACCUAUAUUGAUUAUUUGAAGAGUCCAAUUAUUGGGUUAUUGGUUGGUCAGGGUGAUGAACAAGCUCUUUUACAUGCACAUCAGGCACUUUUGUGCAAGAGUCCAUGGUUCGAAGAAGCAUGUGGAAAAUUCAGCGAUGAUGUUAGUGAAAAGCGCAUUGAUUUAAUCGACGAGGAUUUAGAUGCCGUAGGCUGUUUCCUCGAGUACCUCUACACCAACGAUUACUUCCCGCGCAAAAUUCCCGGAUCGCGAGAUUUAGAACAUGAUCCUGCUAUGCCGGAUGUUGAUGAGUCAGGUGAUCAAUUACUUAAACAUGCGCGCGUGUAUACCUUGGCGGAAAUGCUGCAACUUCCGAGUUUGAAGUGUUUGGCCAGUAGCAAGAUUCAUUGCAUUAAUAGUACGGCGAAGGGAGAGAUUGCUUAUGCGAGAUAUGUGUAUGCGCAUACGCAAAAGGAUGAUCAGACGAUUAGGGCGCCGGUGGCGAAUUUUUGGGCGACGAGGAGUCAUACUUUGAGGAGUGAGGCGGAGACGGAAUUUAGGGAGAUGUGUUUGGAGUUUCCACAGUUUGGUUAUGAUGUUUUGACACGUGUACUGGACGAAAAGCUCAAGAGGGAAAAGAACGAAAAAAUGCAUCCAUCACAUGGUACACCGGGCAGCUCACGAAAGAGAUCUCGUCAAAGUGGAAUUUAA